UGGAGGCCUAAGGAGUAGGAGUGUAGAUGACUGCCAUGAUGCUGAGCCUGCUCUUUGGGACACUUUGCCUCCUGGGGGGCUCUUUUGCUAAGCCCCAAGCGCUGGCCAUCGAGAAAGAGUUGGUAGAUAUUGUUGGUGGACACAAUAUCCCCCUGGGGAAGUGGCCUUGGCAGGUCAGUCUGGAGGUGUACAGUUACCAAUCGGCUUCCUGGGAGCACAGAUGUGGUGGUUCCCUCAUUCACCCACAGUGGGUGCUGACUGCUGCCCACUGCAUUCACCCUAGAAAUGACGACCUGUCAACCUAUGGCAUCCUGACUGGGGACGAAUACCUCUAUGGAGACCAGAACCUUUUGAGUGUGAACCAGAUCAUUGUCCACCCAGACUUCAUUGGUGCUGAACUGGGUGCAGAUGUAGCACUGCUACAACUGGCAGAACCCAUGGACAGUUCUGCCAACAUGAAGCCUGUCAAGCUAAACUCCCUCAAUCAUGAGAUCACCCAGAAGGAUGAGUGCUGGGUGACAGGGUGGGGUGAUACAAGAUUUUAUGGAUGGCUGCCACCACCCUUCCGCCUGCAGCAGGUGAAUGUGCAGGUGGUUGAGAACUCUGUCUGUGAACAGCUGUACCAGAAUGCUACUAAGCACCACCACAAUGACAGGAAGAUCAUCCUAGAUGACAUGCUGUGUGCUGGCAGUAAGAGACAUGACUCCUGCCAGGGUGACUCCGGUGGCCCACUUGUCUGCAAUGACUCAGGUUCCUGGACCUUGGUGGGAGUGGUCAGCUGGGGUUACGGCUGUGGCUCGCAUGCGCUUCCUGCAGUUUAUGCUCGCGUUCAGUCCUAUGUGUCCUGGAUCAGGCAGCAUAUUCAGAGUUCCUCCUGAGCCCAGUCUACUGGCCUCCACUGGUCAGCCAAGGAGGAGCCUGCUGUCCUCCUACCAGUGCCUGGGCCUGCUGCUUCUGCCCCUGCCUGACCCAAGACUCCUCUUUUCCUGUGGCCUCCUCUGAGCACUUCCAUGAAAAUUUGCAGGAUGAAAGCCUGUGCCUGACUCUUGCUGUCUGUCCCUCAUGGGAGGGCACAAGGUGUGUGGGGCAGAGUCUUGAGCUCCACGGCACUGAUGCCCACAUUUGCUGAGCACCCAGCUGUCGGAGGACACCUGAGAUCUUUGUGCUUUCUGCCUAUCCUGAAUAAAGACGCUAUGAAAAAAUCCUGAUGUUUUGGGGUGAGCAGAAAUCACUCUUUCUCAUGUAGAAAAAUGCAGGAGUGCCACUUCAAUGUUUCUUUCCUAAUGAGGAACCAAGGUCUUAACUCUCCACGGGUGGGGCUCAUGUGAGCCCUAGGUCUGCAGAUGCCAAUCCUAUCUCUGUGUCCCGCAUCCUGUCCUCUAUCCUGGGACUCAGGAACUGUUAUCAGGUUUAGAUCAAGUCAUCCUGUUCCCUCAAUGAUGGAUAACCUACAUAUGUAUGGAACUCAGACUUCUCUAUGUGCCCAGGAAAGUAGGUAACCUGCGGUGAGGCCCCAACUUAUCUACCUGUCCAUACCCUGGAAGCCUGUUUACUAGCCCGGCCCACCAGAAGAGCAAUGCAUUAGCCCUUACUCCAGACUUUCUGGGCACCUCAGGGGAAGAACUGGGAAUUGAAAUGUGUAGUUUGUGCUUCCAACCUUUGAGGACAGGGAACAGGCAAAGAGGAAUGCAGAGAUGAGUCAAGUAAAACUUGGGACCCAGACACCUGGGAAGGUGAGGUAAAUGACUACGCACACCAGAGAUUCAUACACUCUAUCUCAACGAUCUGGAGGGUCACUGCUUACAAACACAGACCAUGAAUUCCAUGACAGUGGGGGGGGGGACUUACUACCAGCUCCUGUGACCCAAGACAGUUCCACAAAUUCAGCCUUUAAUGCUUGGCCCAGCCAGAAAGAGGACACCUCAUGCCCAUGCACUUUCAGCCCAGCUACCUGCUGCCCAUCAGGCUUACUAGCCUCCACUGCUGAUUGGCCAGCCUCCUGAGAUUGUCACAGUCCCUAUUAGCAGAGGCACCAAUGUCUUCUUGAGGUGUGGCUCACAAUGCUCCCCCCCCCACUUUGCCAUUGUACUAGGGUACUUAGUACUGUGGGUUGUGGAUCCAAGAUGUGACUGUUUCCCUGCGGGGCUGUCUCCUUCGCUCUUCCCCCAGUCCAGCCUUUGAGGGGAAUACUAGGGAAGAUGGUAUAGGUGGCAGUGCCCAUCAUCCUCUCUGGUUAGCUCUGUACUCGCAAAUAGUCCUGAGCUACCAUUAGUCUUUUUCUAUCAGGCUUCUGCAAUUAACCAUUUCCAAAAGGGGAAACCAAGGUGAGAUCUUGCUAUAUUUGGGCACUCGCGUGAACCCCAGGUCUGAACACACCAAGUCUGCCUCUGACUCCCUGCCCAAAUAUGACAGGACAGUUAUCAGGUUUAGAUCUGGUUACUCUGUUCCCUCAAGGGCAGAGCACUGUACAAGAGUCCCGGAGCCCGGACUCAAUUGUGCCACACAGGGGCAGAGUGGGAGUGAAAAGCCACAAAGCAGACCUGGCCUAAGAGACUUGAGGCAUGGAAGGGUGGCAAAAUGGUUUUUGUCAACUUGAGCACUUUAUAAGUUUAACUAAGUGAUUCAGUAAGGAGCCAGGGUCCUUACUUUGUAAACUUCAACAGCCUGUGCAAGAGGAGGGCAUAGAGGUGGUGUGUGAGUGCUUCAUCUGCCCUGAGUGGAGGCGGGGGAAUGUUAGCCUGCUUUCAGUAUAAGGGAGGAGAAGAGGACUGAGCUUUCCCUUUUUUUUCUUAUUUUGCUUUUGCUAUCUUCUGUGUCCUUAAAGUGUUGCCUCUGUGCUAUGACACUCUAUCUUGGAGCCAGCUGAUUACAUACUGAAACUUCCACAAACUAUGAGCUAAAUAAACUUUUCUUUUCUUAA